CACACUCACUCACUCACUCACUCACUCACUCACACACACAGACACACAGACGGAGAUGCCAGCCGUGAGAGAACAGAAGGACGAAUCCGAGUCAUCGUCUGAAGAUGAGCCGGAGAAACUUCCGUGCAUUGCCUGGAGUGGUGUCAGCAAGAGGAUUCCCGUGCUGCUCUUCUGUGCAGAAGCCGUUGUGUCCAAAGAUGUGGUCAUCCACUCUGUUGGAGAAAAAUAUAACUUGGCCUUCAAGAUUGUGCGUACGGAGAGCCGUCUUGUUCGUGGCAUGCUGGUCAAUCACGGAUUCCACGAGGUGCACCCAAAUAGCAAUGAUUUUAACCUGAUGUGGACUGGCUCACACCUGAAGCCCUACCUUCUGCGCUCUCUGCAGGAUUUCCAGAAAGUCAACCACUUUCCCAGGCAGCUUCCUUCUGAGGCUGGAUCCCACAUGAAACGGGUAUCUAACCUCACGCAAACCUCAGGCUCCUUCAGCAAAGACAAGGGCGCGUGGAUCAUCAAACCAGUGGCGUCCUCCAGGGGCAGAGGCAUCUAUCUAGUCAGCAGUCCGAGUCAGAUCCCACUGGACGAGAAUAUUCUGGUGUCGCGCUACAUCAGCAAUCCUCUGCUAAUUGACGGUUUUAAGUUUGACGUGCGUCUGUAUGUGCUGGUGACCUCAUAUGACCCUCUCCUGAUCUAUCUCUAUGAGGAAGGGCUUGCCAGGUUUGCCACAGUGAAGUAUGACCACGCCACGGCAAACAUCAAGAACCAGUUCAUGCAUCUGACCAACUACAGUGUCAACAAGAAGAGCAGUGACUACGUCAGCUGCGAUGACCCUGAAGUAGAGGAUUAUGGGAACAAAUGGAGCAUGAGCGCAAUGCUGAGAUAUUUGAGGCAAGAAGGCAAAGACACCACAUUGCUCAUGGGCCAGAUCGAGGAACUGAUCAUUAAAGCUCUUCUGAGCGCUGAGAUCCACAUCGCCACAGCCUGCAAGAUGUUUGUCCCUCAUCGCUGCAACUGCUUCGAACUGUACGGUUUCGACGUUCUCAUUGAUUCCAACCUCAAACCGUGGCUCUUGGAAGUGAACCUCUCUCCUUCAUUGGCAUGCGAUGCUCCUCUGGAUUUAAAGAUAAAGGCCAGCAUGAUCUCCGAUAUGUUUUCUCUUGUGGGUUUUGUGUGUCAGGAUCCGUUAUUACGACAGCCGCGUCCCGACAGAGCUGGGAUUGAUUCAAGAAUGAAGAAUCCUACGCAGAAACUUCAGCGUCAGAGACCGCCAUCCGCCAACAGUGCAGACCCAGAAGCUCAGAGAGAGAAACCCGGCGCUAAGCUAGCGGAGAGUACGCUGAGUCUGACGGCAGAAGAGAUGAAAGUGCUGAGGAGGGCACAGGAGGAGUAUGACAGGAGGGGUGGGUUUGUUCGGAUCUUUCCUACUCCGGACACCUGGGAACUUUACAGUGGUUAUCUGGAAUACAAGACCUCUAUGAACGCCAUGUUGGCUAAUAAACUUUUCCAUGGAAGAUCUGUGAUCUCCCGAUCGAGGAACAGGGUGAGUGAUGAUAUAUCUCUGGUUGUGGGGACCUUCUACACGCACCAUGUGGUCCAAUAUGAAAGGAAGCUUCUUAGUCUGGAGACGCGCAAGCAGAGACGCAAACCCGGACGAGCCUCCGCCGGAAGAAGACGAGCAGGUCUGAAAGCGUCUCAGUCCUCUCACAUGAGUGAGAAUGAGGACGGGGUUGAGGGAGAGAUAGAGCUGAAAUCACCUCACCUCCACACAAACACUGCGCUGGAACAAACCUCACAACCCAAAGUCAACCUGCUCCACAUUCUCCAGCAAGGAUGGGACCUCAGUAAAGUUCAAGCACGCAUGGCCUUCUCCUCUUACCUGCACCGUGUGCAGCUGCGCCUGCUGGCCGAGAGCAGAGCCAACAUGGGCCCGGCCUGGACACAGAAGGAGCACGAUCAGAUGGAGCUGGUCGUCCGCUUUCUGAAGAGAGCCAGCAGUAACCUGCGUCAGGACAUGUGUCUGGAGGAGCCCAGCCGUCAGCUGUGUCUGUCAGACCGCCAGCGCAUCCUCUCCCAUCAGCUCGGGAACUUCAUACAGCUCUAUAACCAGGAAACCAAGCAAAUGGUGGAGAGUUUGGACAAGAUUCCAGAUGAGGAUCGCUGCAUCAACUCCAAUGUUUUCCAGGAGUUUAUUCUGGAGGCGAGUGAAAAUGACUUGGAGGAAGUCCUUACGUUCUACACGCAGAAGAAUAAGUCUGCCAGCGUGUUUCUGGGCACGAAGUGUGACAGCAGCAGAGUCGAGAGGAACAGCGAUGAGAACAGAGAGACUGCGUGUAUCAACACAGACGCCUCUGAUGGUUUAGACAAUGCAGAUGCAAUCAGCAAGAUCCAAAACACAGACAGUACUGCAGCUCAAACCGGAAACCAGGGCCAAAGUAAAUUAACCCAAAGCACAGAAAACUGUAGUGCAACUAAACAUGGUAACAAAACCAAAUGCAACUCAUUGCAAAAUGGACACAUCCAAAGGAAAAGCCAAAGUGGAGACUGCACCGCUAUUGAAGUGCUACCCAAUCCUUCGACUACUGCAGAGACCGAAUCAAGAGCAAGCAAGACUCACACUUCUGCUGUCAGAAACAAGAGAACAGGCGGCGAUCAGCCGAACGCUGCAGCUCUGGAGUGUGAACACAUCGUCUUACAGCACUGCCUCCCGCCGCCUUACGUCCAGCCGCCGCCACAUCCACUGGUCAACAGCUCGUCUGUGUGUGUCAAAUGGGCCUCUGCACGCAGUGAAUCUACUGCAUCAACAGCUGCCCAAGAAACAUCUCGACCGAUCCAUCCUACCUGUGUCCUACCUAGAGCCACGCACCUCUCCAUCCAGAGAUCAGCACGGCCGUCCUCCGCAGUACACGUGAGUCAGAAGCCCAGUCUGAGUAAAUCCAGACCUGGUUCUGCUGGUUUGCUGAAAGAGACGGACUCGCUGUCGGCCCAGGCGCAGUCCAACCAGCUGGCCAUCGUAUCUGCUCUGCGCAAACUAGUGGAGAAACAGGCGGCUCGUCAGUACAGCACAUCCAGUCACAUCAGCCUCCUCACGCAGCAUGCCAUUCUGUCGGCACACACGCUCACACCUGCUGCUUCAGCACGACCUCACGCUCCCAGCAGCCCUCUGAGCCAGCCGUUCAGACGCACCUUCAACCAGACGGGCCGCGCCGGGCUCCUCACGCUCGUGCCCAAACCUCCCAGCAGCGCGCCGAGAGACGGACGCGUGCGCAAGACCGUCACACACGCUCUCCACAAGUAA